GGGAGGACACUGAACACCCACUUGUAAUUAUUGCUUGCUUCAGUACUGAUGAAUUUUAGGGUAGUUGAUACAGGACACUUUUGGGAGAGCCUAUCUUGAGAAACAUGGCAGUAAUUAAAGAAAAGAUUGAAGUUACUACUUUUUUAUGUCCCCAAAAAGGUCGCUAUGCAGUAAAAGCCAUGAAGCAAAUGGAGCCACAAGUAAAACAAGCACUUCAGAAUCUACCAAAACCUGCCUUCAGUGGUUAUUACAGAGGUGGAUUUGAACCCAAAAUGACUAAACGAGAAGCAGCUUUAAUACUAGGAGUGAGCCCUACAGCCAACAGAAGUAAAAUUAGAGAAGCUCACAGACGGAUCAUGCUUCUGAAUCAUCCAGAUAAAGGUGGUUCUCCAUAUGUAGCAGCCAAAAUCAAUGAAGCUAAAGAUUUACUGGAAGACCAAGCUAAAAAAUGAAUGAGAGAGAAAACCAGAGGGUUUGUCCAUGCAAAUAAUUAUUUUUGAUAAAUGGUUUAAGAAAAGUUCUAAUGUCAGUCUUUGACUUAAUAUAAAUGAAGCUGGAACUAUGAAUCCAGGGAGGUACUUCCCUCCCCUCUCACUUCUUAGUCACUUUGGAGAAAUCUGUGAGGGAAUGAGGUUUAAAAGUUUUUUCCAUAGCUGUUCUUCAUUAAGCAGCAAAAAUCUGCCACUCAGAAAUAUUUUCAGUGUAAGAGAGUAAUAACUUGGUUUGGCCCAUGCAUGUUACCAGGUACAGGUAGAUUUACAUGCUGUUACCUAAUUUUUGUUAAACUAGCUCUGUUAAAGGUCAUGCUGCUGUUUUCAUAUGCCAAAGUUAGCAUGAAGAGCCAGUUUGGGGAGGGGGGGGUGGAAAAAAAAAAUCAAGAGGAUUUAUUUGAUGGGAAGAACUGGGACAGAUGUGUGGUUGUGUCUGACUUACUUAAGAAAUAAAGUAUAGGAAACAAUGUACACAGUCGUCUUUGCCUUGUGAAAAACAAGGUUGGUUGAGCUUCUUAAGUGUUACUGAUGGGUCUGGAGCAUCCCAGAUUUCUAGUAACUUUCAGUUUUUAAUGGAUUUUACAGCAUUUAAUAAAUUCCAAACUUGUAAGUACUGUAGUUUUAUAUGUUAUCUUACACUACCAAGUUAGAAUUUCCAUAAUGUUUGCAUUUAUAGUAAUUAGGCAACAGGAAUGCCUUAUAUAGCUCAUUGAAUAUACCUGAGCUGGCUUUAUCAUACCCCUGCAGAUGUCUAUCUGAAUUAGGGCCCAAGAGUUGUGUCCUACUCCAAGACACUCACCAGGCUUUCCACGAGUACACUGAAACUGCUGUACAGCAUGUGUAAGAGUUAACACCCAAUUGUUCAUAAAUACAGUGGAUUUCAGAGCUUUUACUUUUCCAGAACCAAUAAGCCUCUCUUUCACAGUAGCGUAAGUAGUUUUACAUCAUCUGUGUGAAUGCUGGCUGCUGUGCCACUGUGUUUUGGUAGACCAGUUACAGGCCACUUGUAUUACCUGAACAACAGUAAAGAAGAGUUCCAUGCCUUCAGGAGAAAGGAUCAAAUCAGCAACAUGAGUAUGAAAUAGAAAACAUUUAGAACCUAUACAGAGAGAGGGGUAACUUUGCUUUACUACAGAAUUUAAAUGGGGUGAAAAAAAACCAAAACACCUGGGACAUUGCUAUGCUGCAAUUCCAUGAUCUGCCUUUUUCAAGCCCUAUGCAGAAUGUCAUUGUACUUAAGUUUUCCCCUGCUUAAUAAUGCUUUAUCAAACAUCAUUUUUUUCCAUUUUCUCCACUCUUGUGGCUGCCUUAUCAGUCAAGAUGCUUGUGCACACUUCAGUUAUAACAAUUUAACUGUUUGUUCUCCAGGAGGGAACGCUUGUGGGUGAGUGUAGAUACUUAAGUCACAGUAAAAACUGCACAUCACCUUGAAUGACAUACGUACCCAAACAGAGUUGGAACAGCUCUUCUGUAGCUGUAUCUGUGGUAGAGCAGCUUCGAAUCACAGGUGGUUCAGAAUACUUGGUUUUGUCCUUAUUUCUGAUGAAUCAAGUAAGACAGAAUUUUUUUCUUUCAAGUAGCACAGCUUGAGCACUACAGGUUUGCUCUUUGUACAACAAUUCCUUGCUACCCAGGUGUUUUCCCAUACCUUUCUACUUCAUUUCUCUUGCCUGAAAAGAUGGGUUAGUGUCGUGCUUCUAACUCCUCAGUCAAAACCUACAUCUGCAUUAAUUCCUAUAUAUGUUAGUCAGGUUCGGUGAUUCUCCAAGAUAAGUCUGUUUUUAGACUGAUGUUUUUACAUCAUCACCUUAAAAAAUGGAAGAUUAGCAUGUUAGGGGACUCUUGUGAAAGAGUUAAAGGUUCAAGCUGCCUCACAAGUAAGUUCCAAUUGUUAGUGGUAACAGCUUGAAAACCAAUAGUAAUUUAAAUUUCUGAUAGAAACAGUCAACAGAUGGAAGAUCAAAGUUUAUUUUCUUUUACUACCAGCAUACAAAAAAAACAUAUUGCACAUCAAACAACCAAAACAAAAAUAAAAAUACUCUACUAAGGACUAACAUAUGUAGUUUAUACAGAAUAAACUUUCUGGAAAUUGAUCUUUUCAGUAGUUCAGGUUAUGUCUUAAUGGACAUGACUAAUUCAGCUUAGUGUUAACUAAAGCUAUGUUUGAUUUUUAAAUACUGUACAGUUUAAUAAAUAAACCAAACAAAGCCUCAAUGUAGAACAGUCACUGCCAAUGUCGCCCAGUAUCCCUGCAGAUUAUGAGAAUUUAACAAAUGUAUUCCAGUGGUCUGCAGAUUUUUCCUCUACAUACAGCAUUUAAAAAACAUGUAUUAAAACAGACCAGUUUCCAGACUAAACUAAUGGAGAAAUUACAUUUCAGUGCAAAAUAUUUUAGACUGCAUUUCUUUCUAGUAUUCCUCAGGUGAAGAAGUGGUUGCAUAUUAUUAAAAAUGUAACAAAAGCAGCUAAUGCUUUCAUAAAGAGUAUUAUGUUAGGGAUCCCCCUCACAUCUUUGCCAUAUUUUGAAAACAAAAUAACAUUUCCUAUAGCCAGCAAUUUUGUUUAUUUAAAUGUUACAUAUACUAUCUCAAGGCACAUCUGAUGAUAUAUUUAUAACACGGUAGGUGUCAAAGUAUGUUUAACAUAUGAUUUCUUCAGGAUCCCUCCCCUUUCUGUAUUCCAAAAUGGAGGAACUGAAAGUGCGGUGUCAAGACUGGCGAUCCAUAUUCUAUCUUUGGCAAGCUUAUACAAGCACUAUUUUAAAUGUAAUGUAAAAGAACUGUAAACUAGGAACUUCAGUUUAUGAAACACCAUUCAGCACUGCUUCUUCCUGAUUAUUUCCAUCUUCUUGAACAGUAACUUUCUUUUCAUCAGGACUGUGCUGUAGUUUAGAAGGCUCAUCCCCAGAAGUUGUAGCAGGACCAUUCACUGCCUUUUCAGAAGGGCUGUUCUCAUCAAUCGCGUCUUUUGCCUUGUAAAAACAAAACCAGGACAAUAUUAGAAAUUCUGUAAAAA